UUUAUUACUAUAGAAUAAUAUUUAUAAAAAUCAAGUCAAAAUGGACGGUGAAGAAGUUGCUGCUUUAGUUAUUGAUAACGGUUCCGGUAUGUGUAAGGCCGGUUUCGCCGGUGAUGAUGCUCCAAGAGCUGUCUUCCCAUCUAUCGUUGGUAGACCAAGACAUCAAGGUAUCAUGGUCGGUAUGGGUCAAAAGGAUUCUUACGUCGGUGAUGAAGCUCAAUCCAAGAGAGGUAUUUUAACUUUGAGAUACCCAAUUGAACACGGUAUCGUUUCCAACUGGGAUGAUAUGGAAAAGAUCUGGCACCACACCUUCUACAAUGAAUUAAGAGUUGCCCCAGAAGAACACCCAGUUUUAUUGACUGAAGCUCCAAUGAAUCCUAAAUCUAACAGAGAAAAGAUGACUCAAAUUAUGUUUGAAACUUUCAACGUUCCAGCUUUCUACGUUUCUAUCCAAGCUGUUUUGUCAUUAUACUCUUCUGGUAGAACCACCGGUAUUGUUUUAGAUUCUGGUGAUGGUGUUACCCACGUUGUCCCAAUUUACGCCGGUUUCUCCUUACCACACGGUAUCUUGAGAAUUGACUUGGCUGGUAGAGAUUUGACUGACUACUUGAUGAAGAUCUUAUCUGAACGUGGUUACACUUUCUCCACUACUGCUGAAAGAGAAAUCGUCAGAGAUAUCAAGGAAAAAUUAUGUUACGUUGCUUUAGACUUCGAACAAGAAAUGCAAACUUCUUCUCAAUCUUCUGCUAUUGAAAAGUCUUAUGAAUUACCAGAUGGUCAAGUUAUUACUAUUGGUAAUGAAAGAUUCAGAGCUCCAGAAGCUUUGUUCCGUCCAGCUGAUUUAGGUUUGGAAGCUGCUGGUAUUGACCAAACCACCUUCAACUCUAUCAUGAAGUGUGAUGUUGAUGUCAGAAAGGAAUUAUACGGUAACAUUGUUAUGUCUGGUGGUACUACUAUGUUCCCAGGUAUUGCUGAACGUAUGCAAAAGGAAAUUACUGCUUUGGCUCCAUCUUCUAUGAAGGUUAAGAUUAUUGCUCCACCAGAAAGAAAGUACUCUGUCUGGAUCGGUGGUUCUAUCUUGGCUUCUUUAUCUACUUUCCAACAAAUGUGGAUCUCAAAACAAGAAUACGACGAAUCUGGACCAUCCAUUGUUCACCACAAGUGUUUCUAGACGCGUAUUCUUGUUCAAACAUUUCUCUUUUGUUAGUAUUGUGUUGUAUAAGAAAGUUUUUACAUAAAUCUUUGUCUUUUUGAAAAAUUACUCUUUUUUUUUUCUACAGUGAAUCUUAUAGUUUAAAAUACAAAUGAAUCAUUGAUAG